AUGGAGCUUUUGGUGACUCUGAUAUCCAGCUGCCUGCUUUUCUCUGCAGUGCUGGCGCUGCAGUGUUAUCAGUGUAUACCCGAUACAUCAGGAAGUUGUAAAAGUACAGUGAUGUAUUGUCCAGAUCAGUGCGGCAGCAUGACCACCACAUGGGACACGAAUGGUGUGCUUUCAAACAUCAGUGUAAAGUCGUGCCUGACCACUAUGCAGUGCGUCAAUGGCAGUAUACAUGUGAAGAAUCAACUUACAGUUAACAUCAAUACAAAGUGCUGCACUACUGACCUCUGCAACAACGAAACAAUGCCAGCUCUAAUGAAUGAGACUGCCAAUGGACAGAAGUGUUACACCUGUGCUGGACGGAACUGUACCUUUGACUGUCAGGGAGGUCACUGCAUCAAAACAUUAGAAACUGUGGACUGUUUAGGAAAUGAAGAUCGCUGCAUUAAUAUAACAGCUACUGCACUUGGCAUUACAACAUCUCUGGAAGGAUGUGCAACCAAAAGUGCUUGUGACUUGGUUGCAGUCCAGGCAAUGAUCGGAAUCGGUACAGAUGUAAAGUGUUGUCAGGGAAACCUGUGUAAUGAAGCUGAGAGCUUUAACCUCAGUUUCCUCCUCAUGCUCGUCCCUUUGCUCUUCUCUGUUAUAUUUUACUGAGACUAAUCUCUCUUCCUGUAUUAUUAUAAAGAAUUCAUGAUGAUACUUUGAGUUUAUGAUGAGUCAGUAAUUUGGUAGUCUAUUGUCAAAAUUAAACUCUGUACUGAAUUUAAUUAGAAAAGCAUUUUUAGUUCUUAUUCUUUUAAUGAAAUGCAAAUAAAAGGUGAAUUUGA